AUGCUGCAGAUUUUCGUCAAGACCCUGACGGGUAAGACCAUUACCCUCGACGUCGAGUCGAGCGACACCAUCGACAACGUCAAGACCAAGAUCCAGGACAAGGAGGGCAUCCCCCCUGACCAGCAGCGCCUGAUCUUCGCCGGCAAGCAGCUCGAGGAUGGCCGCACUCUGAGCGACUACAACAUCCAGAAGGAGUCCACCCUUCACCUCGUCCUGCGCCUGCGUGGAGGUAUCAUCGAGCCUUCCCUCAAGGCCCUCGCCUCCAAGUACAAUUGCGAGAAGUCCAUCUGCCGCAAGUGCUACGCCCGUCUCCCCCCUCGUGCUACCAACUGCCGUAAGAAGAAGUGCGGUCACACCAACCAGCUCCGCCCCAAGAAGAAGCUGAAAUAG